AUGUCAUUACAUGAGUCCAUCAAGUCUGAAGACAACCAAUCCCUACUCUCCUCUCAUAUCACCCACACCAAUUCUAGCCCGCCGUCCUAUGAUCAACAUCUACUCGAUACUCCAUGCGUAUCACUUGAUUCCACAGCCAGAAAACCUGUCACAUCCUUCACAGGUACAAAUCCCAAUAGCCUACUCACCUUCCAUCAAGAUGGUCAAUGUGAUAUCACACCUAACACAGUGAAUUACGGAUCCGAAGAUGAGGAUGACGAUGAAGAGGAAGAGGAAGAGGAAGAGGAAGAAGGUGAAAUGACCAUAAUCGACAUCAGUGGAGGGAACGAUCAUAUUCCCGAAGGAUUAUUAGAUGAUCACACUUUCGGACUCCUUGCAGCAAUCGCAUUAGGACUCAGAUCACAAAAAAUAAGCUCUUACAGAGGAGUGAAUCUGGCUUCAACAUUAGGUUCGAAUGGAGUUUCGAAAUCACGCUCGAGAGCGCACUCCUCAUAUAAGUCUUCAGGGAAUUCAUACGAGUCAACUUCAUCGAGAGCACAUACCGAUCUGGAUACGAUAGAGGAAGUGGAUUGUUCAGGGAUGACGGAAGUAGAGAGAGACCCUUUCGAUUUGAUGCAAGCCGACCACCAGGGGAGGACCGAUCCUACCUCCGGGUGA